UUUCUAACCUCAGCCUGGCCUUUCUGUUAUGCUCCCGUCUUACUUGCAUCAUCAUUGUUUCUAUUUCAAGCAAACCUUCAGUCCAAAGGUUUAGAUCUCUUUGUUGAAAAUUUGAUUUAUGACUGGGAACAACCAGUGCUACCUUGUCAAGUUUUAUUGAGCAAGAGUCAACAUUUCUUACAAAUUUAGCUAUUUUUACAGCCAAUUUCACCACUUAGAGGUGUACCAAGCUAAUAACUGAUCUUUGUGUUUGGCAAAAAGCAGUCUGACAUUUGUAGCGAAAAUUCAAACCUUCAUCCUACAGCCUCAAGUAAUGAUUUCACAUUGCUGGCUGUAUUGGUUCUGCUGUCCCCUUCUUCCAUCAUGUACCGCUAUGAUCCUCUGAAGGUGAAAGGUGUGAGAAUGAACACUGUCAAUCUGAAACGUGAUUGUUAAAAAACUGAAAUGUGACGCUAUCUCUUAAUUCUGAUAAUCAGUUAAUCUUUUACUCCCUGCUGCUGGUCCAGAGGUCACUGCAUAUAUAUAUUUGUUGUCUUGCCUCCUCUCUCUUUCUGUCGGUUAUCUGUCUCUCUGUCUUUGAAUUGUCUGAUUGUAAAAUUAGAAGAUCCAUUAUAGCCAUGGACUGGGUAUCCUGGUUACAGAAAAACAAGAAGAAAAUUAUCAUUGGGGUCUUGGCUGCAGCAAUCGUAACGUUAAUCCUUGGUCUUGGACUGGGUCUUGGACUGGGUGUGCAGAAAGAUAAAGAUGAAGCCCAACAGUGGGAAUGUUCAAGAAAACGCUGUGGUGAAAAGAGGCUGGCAGAGAGAAAAUGUCACUGCGACAAUGAUUGUCUGUCUGCAGGAGAUUGCUGCUCUAACUACAAACACAUUUGUCAUGGAGAAACAGAGUGGGUUGAGGACCAAUGUGAUGACUUGUCAGCUCCCAAAUGUCCUGAAGGCUUCAAGCGACAGCCACUGCUGCUGGUGUCUCUGGAUGGACUGAGAGCUGAAUACCUGCAGACAUGGAGUGAUCUGAUUCCUGUCUUGGACAAACUCAGAAGCUGUGGAACAUCAACUCCCUACAUGCAGGCAGCAUUUCCAAGCAAGACUUUUCCUAAUCACUACACAAUUGUUACGGGUUUGUACCCAGAGUCCAACGGUCUGAUUGACAACAAUAUGUAUGAUCCAGUGUUUAAUGCCUCGUUCAGCCUGGGCAAUGAUGAGAAAAACAACCCAGCCUGGUACCUUGGACAACCUAUUUGGAACACAGCUACACAUCAAGGUCUGAAAUCUGGGACCUUUUUCUGGCCAGGAUCGGAUGUCAAAAUCAACGGAAGUUUCCCUGACGUCUACAAGCCUUAUGAUGGAGGUGUGCCUUUUGAAGAAAGAGUAUUUACAAUUCUGAAGUGGCUGCAGCUGCCAGAUAAUGAAAGGCCUGAUUUCUACACACUCUAUCUGGAGGAACCUGAUAAAUCCGGGCACAGCUUUGGUCCCGUCAGUGCAAAGAUAAGCACAGCAAUCCAGGGAGUGGAUAAAAUAAUGGGUCAGCUCAUGAAUGGCCUCAAGCAAAUUGACCUGCAUCGCUGUCUCAACAUCAUUGUUGUUGCUGAUCAUGGUAUGGAGGAGAUCAGCUGUGACAGAAAGGAGGUGAUGGAGGAGCUGGUGGGAGAUGUCAGUAAUUAUUUUGUGAACGAGGGGCCAUUUGGACGCAUCAGAGCCAGGAAUACAGACUUUGUGUUGGACUCUGCUGGACUUGUUGCUAAUAUGAGUUGCAAGAAGCCAGACCAGAAGAUCACACCGUACUUGAAGUCCAACCUACCAAAGCGGCUCCACUACGCUAACAGUCGACGUAUUGAAGAUGUCACUGUCCUGGUGGAGCCAAAAUGGCUGUUUGAGAGACGUUCAGAAUCACUUUCAUUCUGCUCAGGUGGGAAUCACGGCUAUGACAAUGAUGUUGAGAGCAUGCAUGCAAUGUUUCUCAGCUAUGGACCAAAGUUUCAGCAAAACACCACAAUUGAACCCUUUGCUAACAUUGAACUCUACAACUUAAUGUGUGACGUGCUAGAGAUCUCUCCAUAUGACAACAAUGGGACCCAUGGAAGCAUGAACCAUGUUCUUAGCAAGACAUUUUACAACCCAACUCACCCUGCGGAGCAAAGUGAACCGACUCAGUGCCCGUUCAUCAGUGUAACUCCUGAAGAUGGUCUGGGAUGCAAAUGCAAUGAUACUCAUCUGACUGAACAUGAACUUAACAGCCGCUUGAACUUGACUUUAGAGGAAAAAUCUGCUUCAGAAAGGAAGCACAUGAUGUUUGGUCGUCCCCAAAUGCUGCAGCCUGACAGCAGUUAUUGCAUCCUCCACCAAGAAGGAUUCAUCAGCGGCUAUAGCCAUGAACUCCUCAUGCCACUCUGGAGCUCAUUCACCAUCGACAAACCUACCAACUUGGACCCAUUACCACCAGUAAUAUCCAACUGUUUGAGGGCUGAUGUGAGAUUGCCAGAACACCACAGCCCCAGAUGUGAUCAGUUUGAAGCUGCUAUCCAUUUGACUCAUGCCUUCCUGUAUCCUCCUAAUCUGAAUAUAACAGUGCAACAGCAGUAUGAUGCCUUAAUAAUGAGCAAUGUUGCCCCGAUGUACCCUGCAUUUAAGAAGAUUUGGGAUUACCUCCACAACACUUUGCUAAAGAAAUAUGCUUCCAUAUACAAUGGCAUUAAUGUGGUGACUGGACCAGUCUUUGAUUACAAUUAUGAUGGCCGAUAUGACACUACAGAGCAGAUAGAGCAGUUUGUACCUGGAACCAACAUAACUAUCCCCACACAUUACUUUGUGGUGUUAACAAGUUGCAAGAAUGCAGGACAUCCAGUGAGUGCUUGUGGUGGUGAACUCCAGACUGUGUCUUUCCUCCUUCCCCACAGAGCUGACAACAAGGAAAGAUGCAAAAAUUAUUUAACCCUCUCAACGGAGUUGCUCAUCCUCCUCUCUGUGCGCUCCUGGCUGGCGAACGGCGUCACCUCCCCGCUGACCUACGAAGUCACCGACCCGAUCACCCGCAACCCUCUGCAGUGUGACCGCUGCCCGCCGGGAACCUUCCUGCGCGCUAGAUGCUCCUCCAUCAAAAAGAGCGAGUGCGCUCCGUGUCCACAGGGCUCCUUCACGGAGCUCUGGAACUACAUCGGAAGAUGUUUACGUUGCGGAGUCUGCGGGCGGAACCAGGUGGUGAAGAAAGAGUGCACUGCAAACAGCGAUUGUCAGUGCGAGUGUAAACAGGGUUACUUCUACCGUCAGGACUACGACAUGUGCGUCCGGCACAGCGAGUGUCCCUCUGGGCAGGGAGUACUUACCAAAGGUACAGCCGAGAGAGACACAGGGUGCAGUGUUUGCUCUGAAGGCACCUUCUCUGACAUUUCCUCCACCCAUCAAAACUGCACUCAGCACAAGAGCUGCAGUGAUGCAGGACUGCAGUUAGUGCUGAAAGGAUCCUCCUGGCAUGACAGUGUGUGUGCAAACUGUCAACAGCUCAAAGAUGGAGCUGAAUACCUUAAAGAAAUCAUCCCAUCUUUUUUCAUUCACCACAAAAUGAACAUAAAACGGCUGCGACGAAUUGUACUCAGGCUCCCGUCUGAGGAAGGCAAAAAAUCAAGUGAGUCUCUGGAGCUCAACUUCUCAGAACUCCAUUCACGCAUUUGCAGCUGGGUGUCAUCCGCCACAGUGGCACAAAUUCAGCAGCUUCCAGACAUAGUGAGUAAAACAGGAGAAACUACUGCUAGCGAGAAACUACAGCGCAAGCUCGACAGCAUUGAAACACAUCUGACAGAGCACUGUCAUUCUGAGAUCUUCAGUAAUGAUAUCGUAAGUUAAUCCACAGUAAUUUGACCCACAAAUAUGUACUGUACCACAUGCAGGACGUAAAGAUGCAAGGGGGCAUGAAUUCCUGUGUUUAAAACAACAACCAUCUCAAUAGUUUGUGUUAAAAAUUAUCGCAAAAAAGCUAAGAAAAUGCAUAAAAAGUAGAAAAUUGAAGAGUUUAAAUAUUUUAAAACAAACUGACACCCAUUAACACUUUUCUGACCUACCUCAUAUGGAGGAUUAAAUUUAUACAAAGAGCAUUUAAAUAAAUUAAGUACUUAACUCUUCAAGGGUGAUUUUGUUCUUCAUUUUGCUAAUUUUGCUUCAUUUGCUAAUUAGUUUUGGAUAAUUGGCAAAUUGCAUCCGAUGCAUCGGUUUUAGUCAUAUUAUAUAUUCAUGGAAUUAACUGGAAACAAUUCACAUUUAGAGAAAUAAACUUUAUAGAAUGACUCGUUAUGUAAAGAUUAGAAGAAUGAUAAAAUUACUAAGACAAAGCUGUCGGAAUCAGAGAUGUACUCUACCAAGUCAUCUGCAUAAAGAGAUAACUUAAGUUCUAACACAAAGCCUGACAGCCCACAAACAUAACCAUCGAGAAGAAAGUGUUCUUCUGAAGUGUGACAGAACAGCAUCUCUAAUGUCUUAGUCUAUAGAGGAAGUAGCAGCUUGAAUAAGAUAGAAAUUCAAAAAAUACUUACAGUCUAACAAUACUGUAAGUUCCUCCAUGCCAUUCCUGCCAUUGACGAUUUGAAAACCAGGCAACAAAAAAAAAAAAAAAAUAAAUAAAUUGUUGCGCUUACAAAUGUUUAUUAAACAAGAUAAAAUGAAAAAUUGUUUACAAAUUGUUGCACUGGGCACAAGUCUUUCCUAGUUAACUUGCUGCUUCACAUUGUUUAGAAUAUCCGUUUUGACUUGCAUCUAUGGAUGAUGGUAUCAAAUGGCAUUAGAAGAUGUUUCCUUCUAAUCAAUGGACAGGUAGAUUCAUUUCAUUCAGCAUUUUGCAUCUUGGCCACCUCUGUCAGGGUAGUAGCCUUACAUAAGAAAAUUUUAGAUUCACAGAUUGUUGUUCCUAUUUAUGUUAUUGUUCCUUUUUUUUCUAUUAACCAAUCAGACCUUCUUUUACCUCUAUUUCUUCCUUAUUGGAAAGAUUUGCUUUUAAAGUGGUAGUACACACCUGAAGCUGUAUCAGUAAAAGGGGGUAGGUAAAUAAAACUUUUUUUUUUCUUUUUUUUUAUCAAUUGCUGUACCAACGUUCUUGUAAAUCAGAGAUGUUUUACAGUUACUUUUUAUAUAUUUCCAACAUUUCUGCUUUUGGAGUGCACAGUUGAUAUUUAUAUUUUAAUAUAUGUUGUACAUAAUUGACACAGCCAUUUGCUUUAUCUAAUUGUUCAUGUUUUGGGUUAUGGAUUAGGAAUGCUUGUGUAGUGUAUGUUCCCCCAUACAUAUUUCUCAUCUUCACUAUGCCAAAGCAGCGGGAUCUGACCAAGAGUCAAGUUUUUUUUGUCGUUUUUUUACUGAGGUACUUGUAAGCCAGAGGGUGCAGAUGUUUUACAUCUCUGGCAGAUGUGUAUAAACUGUACACAAAUACAGUUUAUAUUUGUGUAUUUUCAACAUUUCUGCUUUUUGAGUGCAUUGUCUGUACAAGCUUGAGCUCUUUUGUGAGGUUAAUGUGGAAUAGUUAAGUCAUAAACAUCCUUGUCUUACUUUGCUCUACAUUUAACUAUUUCUUUAGAGUAUUGGUCUUUAACUUUCUUUAAAUAAUAAAACAUAAGAAAAAUA